GCGGGUCUCUGCAAGGCCAUCAGUCGGUCUGUCCGCCCGUCCGCCCGCCCUCCCGGCGCUUCUCCAACCCGGCCCCGCUAGCCCGACUGCGCUCGUUGAGUCUUCGGUUCCGGCCGCUACAAACCGGUCCCCCGCCCCCGGGCCGGCCGCUGCCGCUACGCGAGGCCGGGGAUUGGCAGGGCGCGUAGGCCUCGCCGCCGCGGAUGGAACAGGAAUAAAGGGGCGGCAGAGAAAGCAGCUGGUCGCGGCUCUCCCUACGCCUGGCCCCGCGGGCGGCUUGGAGCAGAACUGAUCACCGGGGAAAACAGAACCUCCCUGGCAUGACUAGGAUGCUGCCUUGAAGAACCCUGCCCUGUCGACACUGUCUUGUAGUUGGCCUUUUUGGCAAUUGGCUGGAGCUAUUUGACCAGUCCUCUGUGCCUUGUCUGGGGUCUUUGUCCAUCUCUGAUAUUGGGCAGCUUCUCUCUCUGGGUUAGAUCACCUUAAGCGGGAAACUGAAGCCAUUACUGUCCAAACCCUGUUCCAUCUUCCCAAGCAUGUCGGAAAGCUGGCAGCAACCUCCUCAGACACAGCCUCAGCAGCCCCAGCCACCACAGCCUCAGCACCAUGCCGAGCCACCACCCACCUUGGCUGAGCACACGCUGCCCCCAGGCACAGCUGAGAACCCCUUGGGCUGUGCUGUCUAUGGCAUACUCCUGCAGCCUGACCCUGGCCUGCAGCCCCCACAGCAUGCACCUUUGCAGGCAGCAGGUGAGCCGGGCCCCAAAUGUGGGGUGUGUGGUCAUGACCUGGCACACUUGUCCAGUCCACAUGAGCACCAAUGCCUGGCGGGCCACGACCGCUCAUUCCAGUGUACACAGUGUCUCAAGAUCUUCCACCAGGCCACAGACCUGCUGGAGCACCAGUGUGUGCAGGUGGAGCAGAAGCCUUUUGUCUGUGGCGUCUGUAAAAUGGGCUUCUCCCUGCUCACCUCGCUGGCGCAGCACCACAGCUCCCACAGCGGCCUGGUGAAGUGCUCCAUCUGCGAUAAGACGUAUAAGCCAGCAGAGGCCACGGAGCCAGCCACCACUGCUGCCCCAUCACUGCCCUCAGCGCCCCCACCCACUGCUGUCACCCAUUCCGAACAGCCCGAGAAACCCUACAGCUGCUCAAUUUGCCAGAAGCCUUUCAAACACCUGUCGGAGCUGUCGCGGCACGAGCGGAUCCACACGGGCGAGAAGCCGUACAAGUGCACGCUGUGUGACAAGAGCUUCAGCCAGUCUUCGCACCUGGUGCACCACAAGCGCACGCACAGCUCGGAGCGGCCGUACAAGUGCGCCGUGUGCGAGAAGACCUUCAAGCACCGCUCGCACCUGGUGCGGCACAUGUACGCGCACUCCAGCGAGCACCACCUGUUCCGCUGUAACGUGUGCGAGCUGCAUUUCAAGGAGUCCUCGGAACUGCUGCAGCACCCUUGCACCCCGAGCGGCGAGCGGCCCUUCCGCUGUGGCGAGUGCCAGAAGGCCUUCAAGCGGCCCUCGGACCUGCGGCAGCACGAGCGCACGCACAGCGCCGAGCGGCCCUUCAAGUGUGACCUGUGCCCCAUGGGCUUCAAGCAGCAGUACGCCCUCAUGCGGCACCGGCGCACGCACAAGACCGAGGAGCCCUUCAAGUGCGGCCUGUGCGAGAAGGGCUUCGGGCAGCCCAGCCACCUGCUCUACCACCAGCACGUGCACACCCUGGAGACUCUCUUCAAGUGCCCCGUGUGCCAGAAGGGCUUCGACCAGUCAGCCGAGCUGCUCAGGCACAAGUGCCUGCCAGGCUCCGCAGAGCGGCCCUUCAAGUGCCCAGUGUGCAACAAGGCCUACAAGCGGGCAUCGGCCCUGCAGAAGCACCAGCUGUCGCACUGUGCCACAGCCGAGAAGCCCCUGCGCUGCACCUUGUGUGAGCGCCGCUUCUUCUCCUCCUCGGAGUUCGUGCAGCACCGCUGUGACCCAGCCCGCGAGAAGCCGCUCAAAUGUCCUGACUGCGAGAAGCGCUUCAAGUAUGCCUCAGACCUGCAGCGGCACCGGAGGGUGCACACGGGUGAGAAGCCCUACAAGUGCCCGAACUGCGACAAGGCCUUCAAGCAGCGCGAGCAUCUCAACAAGCACCAGGGUGUGCACGCCCGUGAGCAGCAGUUCAAGUGCGUGUGGUGUGGCGAGCGCUUCCUGGAUGUGGCGCUGCUGCAGGAGCACAGCGCUCAGCACAGCGCUGCCGCUGCAGCUGCAGAGGGUGCCUACCAGGUGGCUGCCUGCCUGCCCUAAGGCUGUGGACAGCUACUGCCUGCCCUGCCCAGACUCACCUCUUUGCGGCUGCAUGGUACCAAGCCCCCCCAUCCAGCUCCCAACGAGGCCUCAGGAAUGAGGACAAAAGGCCCUGGGCAGAUAGAAGAUGCCGGUGCUCCUGUGCUCAGCACUCCUGGCACCAGCCUGGCAGUGGGAGAGCCAAAUUGCUGUGGCCAGCAGUACUGGUACUCUUCCCCAAGGCAGGAUCCGCUUUCUGAGAACCACCAGCCUCUCACAUCUACCUGGGACUGUAGUCCUAUGGACAGUCAAGGGGCCCUCUCUUCCCCAAGGAUGGGGGAUACCCAACCCAGCCUCCCCAAAUCUUUCAGCCUACUUAGAAGCCAGGUAGGUCUGGAUGGAGGAGAAUUAUGGUAUGGCCUGGACCCUAGAAGUGGGUUGGCCUAGGCCAUCCUCCCUCACAUUACCGCUUAGGGAAGGCUAGCUUGAAGGCAGAGCUGGAGACCAGGAGUGUAGACCAUGAGCUGCAGGCCUCUCUGCUCAGGGUGAUGUGUCCCACAAGUUUCUGAUAGUGACAUGAAUAGGAUGAGAGUCUUCCAGCAGGGUCUGGCCUGGAGACUAGGGGCCCGGCCAGGAGGAAAAGCAGAGAUGUUCCUUCAUCUAGGAAGAGCGCUGUCCCAGAAUAGGAAGACAGCUUGUGUGCGGAGGAUUGAUCCUGAGGCUGUGGAUGCACCCUUCCUGCCUGUGAGUGAGUGGUUCUGAGCUGUGAUGGGGAAUGUGUCCAUGCCAGGCAGUGCUGCUGGUGUGGAAGAGAAGACUGGUAGACCACCUCCCUUUCCCAUCAUUGAUACCCUGGACUGAGAGGAAGUCCAGGAUUUCCACAGUAAAUAAAAUAAGCCUCCCUCUCCCCCAGAUUGUGUAAACCAAAGUGUUGGGGACUCAGGGGUGUGGUCUCAGUUUGCCCCAGCCCUCUCUCAGGGCCAAGCCUAGGCCUGAGUACCCUGAUGGGUAAUAGCCUCUGACCUCACAGUGCUCUUUCAGCUCAUGGGGUACCACCCUCCAUCAAUCUGGAUGCAGGCCUGGACCCCAAAGAUCAUCUGUAGCCAAAAUACCCUGCUCCUCUUUGAGCCCUCCUAGAGUCCCCCCCCAGAUGUGUGGCUACCUACUGGGCUUUCAGAGCAGGUAUCCAUGGUGUAGUCAACAGGAGGAGCAAGUGUAUUAAGAUGUCCGGUAGGCAGUGUUCCUGGCAGGUGCGUAACCAGCCAACAUUACUGUAUGGGGACAGGACCGCCUCAGGAGCACAGAGGACCUCUGUUACUGUUUUUAGCAGAGCCCUGCCUGGGCCCUCUUUUCUCCCUGGUCAUGGGUCUUGAAAGACGACUGACCAGCACAAACUUCAAGGGUCUAGAUGGGCAGAAAGAAGCCACUUCAGCUUCCACCUUCUGAAGUCUGAUCAGCCACAUCUGCCUGCUCUUACUUGCCCAGGUUUCCGCCUGUGCCUGCAGAGAUGGGCUGGCUUCCUUUGGGUGGCUCUCAGUCACAAAGCCUGAAGAGACUGGAACUCAGGCUUAUGACAGUUCAGUCCCAACUGCUAACUUGUCCCUUUCCAAAUUUUGCUUUCUAAAAGCAGUUUGUUAUUACUAUUCGUAACAUUGUAUAGUUUUAAUUUCAUGUCAUUUUGGAUCAUAUAUAAAUGUGAGAGUUUGGGUUUUUAAAAAGAAUGACUCCAUUUUAGGUAGCCACUUUUGAUGUUAAUAUAUAGUGAGUCCAAUGUAUGCUUUAGAAGUAAAGACAUUGACCAUUGCA